GCAGCUGGGAAGUAGGAUAAUAGAGUCAUAAUUAAUAGUAACUGAAUAGGAGUGGAUUGGGGAGAGAAGGCGAAGGAGAAGUCGAAGUGAGUGUUGUCUUCUCCUUUGGAUCUCAGACAUGACUGUCUUUCAUUUCUUUAACUGCGCAAUUCUCACCUUCGGCCCCCACGCCGUCUACUAUUCUGCCACGCCCUUAUCUGAGUAUGAUACACUCGGCACCUCUAUUAAAGCCGCUGUUGUUUAUCUUGCAACGGCAUUAGUGAAGCUUAUUUGUCUUGCAACUUUUCUCAAGGUAUCGGAGAGUGAUAGCUUUGAUCCGUAUCAGGAGUUUUUGAAGGCAUUAAUAGGUUUUAUAGAUGUUGCUGGGCUUUAUUUUGCCUUGACCCAGUUGACUCACCGGAACAUCUCUCAGAACCAUAAGUUUCAAGCAGUUGGACUUGGCUGGGCGUUUGCUGACUCUGUACUGCAUCGGUUGGCUCCUCUUUGGGUUGGUGCCAGAGGAUUAGAAUUUACUUGGGAUUACAUUCUUCAGGGCCUUGAGGCUAAUGCAAAUUUGGUGUUGAGCAUAUCCCUUGCCGCACUUGGAUCUUUGAUGUGGCUUCGAAAAAAUAAACCCAAGACCCUCAUACCUAUCAUAUAUUUGAGUGCAGGGAUUGUAGCAACCAUGCCAUCUAUCACAAGCUAUCUUAGGCGUGGAUUGGGGUGGCACUUUCCCAAAGUGGUAGGUUUUGAGCUCUUCACAUCCUUGGUGAUGGCUUUCAUAAGCUGGCAACUGUUUUCAGCAUGUCAGAGACCUUCCGUGUGAGAAAGCUCAUUGCAUAAUGAUGGAAUCCUCAACUGUUUUCUGGCUAGUUUUGAUCCUGGGCCAUCUGCUUUUGGCAGCUACUAUGCUGUUUAUUUAAAUUUCAUAAAUGUUUUAUCAAUUGUAGUUUCUUAAUAGUUUGAUUUAGUUUAACACGCUUAUUUAUGUUUCUUGCGGUAGAAUGUUGGCUCCAAUUAAUUAGAAUUUUUUGCUUUAUCAGAAAAUUAGAGAUAUGAUUCUUUUACCCCAUGAAUGUGGGAUAAUAGGUUACAAACACUCUUCUUCGAAAAUCCGUUGGAUUUCUUAUUUACCCACAUAUUGUCCAUUGCAAACUAGAUGAUUUACCCCAUUCUUUA